AUGGCUGCCCUCAACUACAAAAGAAAAUUCAACGAAAUGGAAAAUAAAGAAAAUCUCAUUACUGUCGAUAUGAUUUUACAACAAGCCCAAAGGAAUGCCACCAUGGAAGGACGGCAAUUUCCUCCUUCCAAAAGAAGGCAAACUAAAGCCCUGUUUAGACCCUGGGAAGAUAAUGUUGAAAAAUCGACAACUGUCUCCAAACCCCAACAGAAGACAACAAGAACGCCGAAAAUCCAACACCCUCUUCGCAAAGCUGUUAACCAAAAUACUGCAAUUCUACGCUCCGCCUUGGAACAACAAAGAUUGAGUCCUAGUAUUCCAACCACUCCAGUUAUUCGUCCAAAUGAACAACAGCUACUGCAACAAUAUUAUUUGGCCCAACUGCAUCAACAACAGCAACAAUAUGCCCUUUGGAUGGAACAAUCUUAUCGAGCAAAUAACUAUUUGAGAUAUUUGCAACAAAUUGCGAUGCAACAACAACAGCUCUUCGUUUUUGGUCAACAGCAUUAG